UGUCUGUGUGUGUGGUGUGGUACUACUACUGUCAAUGAUCGCUCUGUCUACGAAACAACUUACGAAAAUAUUCAUCUUUUGUUGUUUUAACAAAUUUCCAGGAGGAAGUGUUGAAAGUGUUUGUCUGCUAGGUUAAUAAGGGUACCGCAAAGCUGUAGAAAAUGUCUGGAAAGGAGUCUAGGUCGCAGCAAUUUUCCAACCCGGAGACGCCCGGUUACGUUGGCUUUGCCAAUCUGCCGAACCAGGUCCAUCGAAAGUCCGUCAAGAAAGGAUUCGAGUUCACCUUGAUGGUCGUUGGCGAGUCUGGUCUUGGGAAGUCUACCCUUAUCAACAGUCUGUUUCUCACAGACCUCUACCCAGAGAGACAUAUACCAAGUGCAGCAGAGAAAAUUGACAAGACUGUCAGCAUUGAUGCGUCUACAGUUGAGAUCGAGGAACGCGGCGUCAAACUGCGGCUUACUGUGGUCGACACCCCGGGAUAUGGAGACGCCAUUAAUAACAAUGAUUGUUUUGAUCCCAUCUUGCAUUACAUUGAUGACCAGUACGAGCGUUACUUGAACGAUGAGAGCGGCUUGAACCGACGUAACAUCAUAGACAAUAGAGUCCAUUGUUGUUUCUAUUUCAUUUCACCGACGGGACACGGUUUGAAACCAUUGGACGCCCAGUUCAUGAAAGCACUGCACAACAAAGUCAACAUCGUGCCCGUCAUAGCCAAGGCUGAUACUCUGACCAAGAGAGAGAUUGUAGCCCUGAAAUCAAAGAUUAUGAGUGAGAUCGAGGAGAAUCGGAUCAGAAUCUACCAGAUGCCGGACUCUGACUCCGAUGAGGAUGAAGAUUUCAAAGAGCAGAAUAAACAACUCAAGGCUGGAGUACCGUUUGCAGUGUGUGGAUCAAGCCAGAUGAUCGAGGUCAAAGGUCGCAAAGUUCGCGGCAGACUCUACCCAUGGGGAGUAGUGGAAGUUGAGAAUCCAGAGCACUGUGACUUCAUCAAACUGCGCAGUAUGCUGAUUACUCACAUGCAAGAUCUACAGGAAGUUACUCACGAGGUCCACUAUGAGAACUUCCGCUCUGAGAAGCUCGCGAGGAGUGGAGGCGGCGAGAAAGAGAUGAGAGCAGGUCGCCCCUCUCAGCGUGCACCCCCACCCCCAAGGAGGGAGGAUGGUAGCGAUAAGGACCAGAUGCUACAGGAAAAGGAAAAUGAGUUGAGGCGUAUGCAAGAGAUGCUGGCUAAGAUGCAGGCCCAGAUGCAAGCCCAGCAAGGAGCUUCUAAUGCCGACGUCUGAUUCAAGUAGACGACUCAUCCCAACAUGGACAGGCUUACAAUGCAACCCUGAUAUUCAUUAUGCAAGUGUACAAAGAGCAGUGCAGACUUUUGGUCGGCAAAGAACAAACACCAGUACAAGACAAACUCCCAAGACAUAAAUACCUAAGAAAGUUUUACGAUCCUUACCGUUUCUUCAUCCAAACAGCUUCCUCUAGUUCUGAUACAGUAAUCGUACUCCAGAAGACGAUCAGAGCAUACUGAUUGAAACGUCUUGUUGAAACCAAUGGUCGUUCUCAGAACCACCCCAACUCAAUAGAGAUAGUCAUUACAUGGUGUUACCGCAAACCUUUCCAUACAGUAAACAUCGUUUUCCCACAUCGCAAUGUUCUUCAAACAGCUUGGUUUUUCUCCAACGUCCAAAGAGGAUAGUGUUCUCUGACGCGGCAAAAUGUUUCACAGUAAAUCUUUCUGAUUUUGAUUUUCUUGAGCACCUCUCUCUCAGCAGUCAUGCUCACAUGAAAACAAGAAGUGACUUUAAAUUGUGUGCCAAGGUACUCACCUUCAAAAUGAAAUACCGCCCUCUGUUGGCCCCGUGUUGUGCAGGUUCUGAUUAAAGUGCUAUGUAACUUAUUCAACAGAAAUCUUUAGUAAAACAAAUAAUAUUGUUACAAAAUGUAGGGUUAUUAUUGUCAUAGACCUAUUGGUUUUUGGACCAAGACUGGGAAAAUAUUGUCGACUUUCUUAUACUUAUAAUAAUUUGCAUUAUUCAGUUUUGUGAGUAAUAAUCAUAAUUAUUUUACAAGGUUGUCACUAAACUAACCCAGUUGGGAAUCAGAAUGUACUGUUGCCUUGAUUGGAACCUCUUUCCCCAUUGAGAAUGGUUCCUAACUGGGAACCAUUAUUCCAAAUUGGGGGAACCCAUGGUAUCAACAGUAUGAAAAAGGAAAUAGCUGUCUUUGUCAGGUUCCCUCUAUACAAGAUGACAAUGCAUGUUGUAAUCGCAAUCUCUUAAAUAGAGACCAGCCUAUUUUUUUCCCUCCCAGCCUUCAUAUAGUUUCAUUGGUAGAGUAUUGUAAAACUGAAUGAAUGAAAAAAAUUAAGCUGGGGUUAGAAUUGGGCAACCAUUGAAUUUACUAUGCUAUAUGUACAUGUGUGGACCUUUAAAGUGCGUCCAUCAUUUUGUGUCCAAUAAAACUCAAAUGGAGGCUUGUUGGUAAAAGAUAGUCCGGCCUCUCGUUAGAUAUUGAGAAUUAGACAUAUCAUUGUCAUAGUAGAAACAGGGUGUUUGACCGAAGUACUGUAUCAAGUUAAAGACCUGUGUAGACUUUUUUCAUGGUGCAACCAUCUUGUUUUUAUCCAUUCAAACCAAUGUAAACCAGAAUGAGACUGGAAGGGAAAUUAGACAAGAUGGCUGCUGUGGGAUAAAUUAGACAAGAUGGCUGCUGUGUGAUAAACAUACAUAGAGUUAUAUAUAAGAACUAGAGGGCGAACUGGUGAUGCCUCUUGCACAAACGCGACGGGACCGCGAGAAAACACGCGCACCAUUCUGCACGCACGUUGAAUAUGAAGUACACGUUCGAGUUUGUGUUUAUUGAACACUGACGCCAUCCUGUUUUGUCAACUUACAAAA